AUGGAAGCAGUCAUCUUUCUGUCUUCAGUUACGUUCGUUAUUGCGGUGGGAGCUGCCAUCAUACAAGGCAUAGCUUUCUAUAAACGAUACCGAGUCCAUCUGCAUGUCACAUCAAAAGGCAAUACUCCUCCAGAGAGCAUGGACCUGGAGAAUUUCGAUCCUGAAGGAAGCACACCCCUUCAGCCACCGCCGAAACUGUAUCGCCAUUCACGAUUGGGGAGCAGAAAUACUAAGUGGCCAGGAUAUGCUGAACAACGGGUUCAACCAUCGCGGACAAUGAUGGACUCCCAUUUUGCAUCAUAUCGCAUUCCCGAGGGAGACACAGGGACCGUCCAUCAUUUCCCGCAGUCCCAUUCGCUGCCCCCAAAUCUCCCAGCCACAUUUAUGACCCCAGUUGCACGAGCCACAACUCCCCAACCAGCCACCGCAGCUUCCCCGCCUGAGGCACCAACCCGACUGUAA